UGCUGCUCGAUUUAUUUGUAAUAGAAAGUAAUAGACUAAUGGAAAAUAUUUAAUUUAUUUGAUAUAUAUCGCAGGUGAUGUUUCAAAAUAUAUUUUAAAGUGAUGACUAAGUGGAUUACCUUGUCUAACCACUUCACUAAAUAGACAACACAAUGUUCAUCUUUAUAGACAAAGCUAUUUCUCUACUAUUAUUACUGUUAGUUCUUUGUGUGUUGAAUGUAAAUGGUCGAGAAUUCAGAAUCGCUUGGAUGGCACCAAAAAAUACAUAUCAUGGAUUAAACGCCUCGUCCAGUGUCGGCGCUUUAAAACUGGCUUUACAAGCGUUAUCUGUUGGUGACCUUCUAGUAAACCACACAGUCAGGGUAAAGUGGUUCGACUCUGACUGCAAUCAAAAGUCUGCCUUAGCAGCUACUGUGAGUGCCAAAUCAAACUUUGAGCCGGACUUAUUUCUGGGACCACCUUGCUCAUCUGCUAUGAGAGGAGUAGCACAAUUAGCUUCUUACUGGAGAAGACCUGUAUUUGGUUGGGUGUCCAACGAUAUCGAAUUCCGUAACAGAACAAUAUAUUCCACAUUAAUCCGAUUGCUCGGACCUUUAAACAAACUUCCCAAUGUGAUGCGUUAUGUUUCAAAGAUGUUUAAAUGGAAAAGAUUUUCUAUGAUCCACGACGAGGCUGCACCGUAUGUUGCUGUAGCAGCUGCCAUUGCAGAAAAUAAAGAUACGACCAUAAAAAGUACACAUGAAGUUAGCGUACGGAUGGAUGAUACUCAUAUCGAAAGUAUAUUCCAGCAAGUUCGUAAAUACUCAAGAAUUUUGAUAUUUGCUGUUCCUAAACACACAUUAAGAAGGUAUAUGAUCGUCGCACAUAGACUUGGGAUGUCCAGUGGUGAUUUUGCUUUUUUAUGCAUUCAUGGAGAUUUAUAUACAUGGAAACAAUUGAACGACGAAGUCUUAACAGACGACGUAUGGCGUAAAAAUGAUAAAGACGACCAAGGCGCAAGGCAAGCAUUUGAAUCUGUUUUACAUAUAAUUAUGCCGACUUUAAGUGAAAAGUUAUCGGAACAGUUUAAUCAUUUGGUGAAUAAAAUGAAAGAUGUAGAAAAUAACAACUGGAUCAAUCUGCCGCCCGUCUCAGCGUCUGAUGCAUACGCUCCAUACCUGUAUGACGCAACGUUAACCUGGGCUAUAAUGGUGGAUAAGAUAAUGAAAGAAAAUAAAGAUCCAUCAGACGGUGACAUCAUGUUUAAACGAGCAGUUAACUUUUAUCAAGAAGGUUUAACAAAUUUCAUCGUAUUAGAUGCAGAGGGUGACAGGUUGUUGAACUUCUGGAUGCUUGACAUGCAAGAAAACGGACGAUUUCAGAGAAUUAUCGAAAUUAAAUAUGGAAAGAUUGACGUCGUUGCAAAUACGACUCAGAGUGGAGAUAAAUUGGUUCGAUGGGCUAAUGGAAAAUACGGACUGCAUAAUGCUCCUCCUGAUGUGCCCGCAUGUGGAUUUGAAAAUGAACAUUGUCGGGAAGAUUUUACCAACACAAUAGUAGGCGCUGUAUGUGGGUCAUCUUUUGUUCUUGUUGUAGCAAUUAUUAUAAACAUUGUGUUCAGACGAUAUCGACGUGUUCAACUUUUAAGAAGUAUGAUAUGGCAAGUCAAAUUUGAGGACAUUGAUUUUGUAACUGCGUUAUUACAUGGUAGUGUUAGAAAUAGUUUUAAGAAUUUAUCAAGACGGCGGACAAGUUCAAACAAGAAGAAAGCUUCACGUACAAGCAGUGGAAGUGGUGGUGUUGUUAUCUCAUCAAACAGUUCCCCGCCUCAGUUCCAUAAGCCAGACGGCGGUGCAAUGUUUGGAUCUGUCGCUUAUGUUCGUGGUAGUUUGGUCUCUGUAAAACGUGUCAAUAAAGGAAAUAUCACGAUGACAAAAGAUGUUCUUCAUCAACUUAAUCAGCUAAUGGAGUUAAAACAGCAAAAUGUCUGUGCAUUUGUUGGCGCCUCGUUUGAUCCUGGUAGGAUACUGUUGUUAUGGGAGUAUUGUCCAAAAGGCAGUAUACAGGAUGUCAUUUGGAACCAGAAUAUUAAGUUAGAUCAAAUGUUCAAGUUUGCAUUGAGUCUGGAUAUAGUGAAGGGAUUAGAUUUCGUCCAUAAAAGUUCUGUACAGUACCAUGGUAACCUAAAGAGUACUAACUGUGUGGUAGACAGUAGAUGGACAUGUAAGCUGACAGAUUUUGGCGUACCAAGUAUAAGAUAUGUUGACAGGAAUAUACAGGAGGAACCGCAUGAUAAAUUACUUUGGACUGCUCCAGAGGUCCUGAGAAAUGAAAAGGUUUUGGAUAAACAGAAAGCAGAUUUAUUUUCUCUAGGAAUUAUACUGAAGGAAGUGUUCACACGUUCUGGACCAUACACUGAAUUUCCAUUUCUGCAGCCAUCAGAUAUCAUAGAAAAAGUCCGUGAAGUUCCCGAGGGUCCUGUUUUCAGGCCUUUGAUAACAGUUGAUUUUCGCAAACAGAAUCCAGAUUUGUUUGGUGUAAUUGACGAAUUAUGGAACGACGAUCCAUUGCACAGACCCUCUGCCUCUAGAGCAUAUAAAGUUUUACAUCGAAUUAAUCCGUCCAAAAAUUUAACGAUGAUCGACAAUAUGAUUGCUAUCUUAGAAAAAUAUGCUAACCAUUUAGAGGACCUUGUAGCAGAGCGGACGAGUGAGCUAGAUGCUGAAAAGAAAAAAACUGAAAAUCUUUUGUAUAGAAUGUUACCAAGGUCAGUGGCAGAGGAUUUAAAGGCAGGUAAACAAGUAAAAGCUGAACAAUUUGACGAAGCGACAAUCUAUUUCUCUGAUAUCGUUGGCUUUACAACUAUUUGUGCAAGCAGUACACCUAUUGAGGUUGUAAAUUUGUUAAACAGUCUAUAUACCUUAUUUGAUGACAUCAUCACACGUUAUGACGUAUACAAGGUUGAAACUAUUGGAGAUGCAUACAUGUUGGCAAGUGGAUUACCAAAACGGAAUGGUUCUCGUCAUAUGCGGGAAAUUGCUGACUGUGCUCUUAAUAUACUGGAAUCUAUAACAACAUUUUAUAUACCUCACCAACAGAAUCAAACAGUUAGAAUACGUAUAGGAAUCCACUCAGGGUCUGUAGUAGCAGGGGUUGUUGGCAUGGCGAUGCCACGGUAUUGUUUGUUUGGAGAUACUGUAAAUACAGCUUCAAGGAUGGAGUCAACUGGCUUACCUAUGAAAAUUCACUUGAGUACAGUGGCAGCAGAAAACCUCCAACAGUACGACAAUUAUAAGCUUAAGUGUCGAGGUGAAAUCAGUGUCAAAGGAAAGGGAUUAAUGAAAACAUUCUUUCUUUGUGGCAAAUAUGACGGUAACCAAUCUUUACAAUCAAUUAAUGAGGACAGGAAAACAAUUGUAACUUCAACUUCCGGUAAUGAACUAAGUCGAUCUUCACCAACCAGACAUGUGUCUACAGCAUCGAAUGCGUUGGAAAGUCGAGUUGGCAUUGGACAUUAUGGUGACAUUCCUGACAUUAUCCACAAAUGUAAGUCAAGACCUUCCCUACAGUCUAUUCUAUCUAUAGAAGCAUCAAACUUCAACCCAGUUCGACGAUCAUCAUCAACAGAAGCUCCGUCGAUACGAAAAAUCAGUGUGCAUUCAGAAAUUGCAGAAAAUGGAAAUCCGAUGGAUUGCUCAUCGGAAAGAACCAAUUCAUUAGAGUCAGGAUAUUUUCCAGCGGACUCAUCUUGUUCGUCAGUAGAAAGGACAAGUCCUGGAGUGCAUCGAACAAAUUCAUUUGAAAAUAAAGAUAGAACCCUCGAGGCUAAUAUUACGGAAUGUAAAAAGCAAGGUCGUCGAAAAGACAAUUUAUUUUCACAAAAAUAUUUUCCUCCAACACUUUCAACUUUUGAUGAAAAAGGACAAUCAAUCAUUAACAGAUACUCACUAGAGACAUGUUUAGACUCAGAAAAAAUGUCAUCCGAAAUGGAAAAACAUUGGAAAAAGCAGCUUGAAUUAGACGAUAAUUCGUUUAUGAAUCAACUGAAAUUAACAUGCGACGAUCCAACUAGUUGCGCUGUAGACUGUUUAAAAGAAUGUGCUAAAAUAUUAAACGAUAAAACAAACGAGAAAGUCAUCAUUAGCGAUGACCUUUUAAGUGACAAAACUAUAACACCAGCAGCAAUAGAUGUUUUGAUAUCUCAAGAUGUAACGCCGGGUCUCGACCUUGAUUUACUGCCUGAACCUGAACAAAGGGUGCGACGUCGCUCGAGUAAAACCAUUAUGACGGAAGUUACCGCGUUAUAAAGAUGUCUUUUUGUUUCAAAUAUUAGUGCUUAAUUGUAAUUUCAGUAUAUUUAAAUUGUGAAUCUGUGAUAUUAUUUAAUAAAACGACAUUUCUCUUAUUGGUUUAGACAAAAAAUCAAUGCAAAUCGAUAGAAAAUUUGUAUUUCAUUAUUUCGUUGAACAGCUUAAAAAGAAAUCCACGAAAAUUUGUUUCCAACUAGUUUUAAUGAUUCCUCCGUAAAUAGCGGAACUUACAUCAUUCGUGUUGAAUACAGUGGACAGUGAUGGUUGAAUGGCUUUUUUAACAUUUAGUUGCAAGUUGAAUUCAUAUUUAGGACGAUAAAAUGAUAAAGGGAUAUUAAUCAAAACCCUUCUUUGUACUAGACCGACAUACUGAGUCGGAAUUUAACAAGCUAGUUCACAAGUAGACACAGGUUUCUAAU